CGAGGGAGUGAGUGAGUGAGCGAGCGAGGGAGCGAAGAGAAACGUCAGAACCAGGAACCAGUUCGUUUCCCCAAACAAGUCAAGUACGCAGAAAGAGAAAGAAGCAGAAAAGAAGCAGAAGUGAAGCUCGAAACAGCCUGUGGAAAAGAUGGCAUCGAGUUCGCCCAUGGUGAAUGGGGACCUCACUUCACCCCGAGGGUCCCACGGUCCAGGCACUUCUCAUGUAGAGGAGACCCUUCAACAGAUGAACGUCCUCAUCAAGGAGAAUAGGGAGCUGAAAGAAGCUCUCAAGCAGACUAACCUGACGAUGAAGGAGAGGUUUGAGGGUCUGACUUUGUGGAAGGAAAAGCAGAAGGAGGAGAGAAACUUUCUGGAGAGUCGGCUUGAGGAGGCGAGGGAAAGAGUGCGUGCUCUGGAGGCUGAAAAUGAGCUGCUUAAGAAACGAGUGCAGGAGCUGGAGAGCCAUGCUGCUGCAGAAGAGGGUGAAGGGGCUGGUGUACAGGCCAAGCUGGAAGCGCUGAAGAAUCAGAUCGUCCGUCUGCAGGCUGAGAAGAGCGACUUGGUGGCUAUGAACUCUGAGCUCCAACUGAAGAUGGGCCAGGGAUCACCAGAAGACUCCUUCAUUGAGAUCCGCAUUGCAGAGGGUGAGCUGAAUGUGACCAAAGAUUUGCCUGUUACCCAGAAAGACCCCUCCGCAUCCAGCAUGGCUAGGUGUGACUUGCCCAUGCCACGGCUGGAGUCAGAGGAGCAGACUGUGAGGCAGCUCCUGCAGUCACUGAGACAGGUGACUCAGCAGAAAGAGCAACUGCAGCUUCAACUUCAGACUGCAUCCAAGAGGAUUGCAGAAUUGGAGCUGCAGCCACCCAACACUGACAGUGAAACACAGACAUCUUUGCCAUGUACCACCACAGCAGAUACACAGACCAAGAGCGCCGAGGAGGACACAGCCAAGUCGGCCUCUGAGGUGGAGAAUCUGAAGGCUCAGAUGAUGAGUUUGUUUAAAGAGCUGCAGCAGGCUCAGAGUAAACUGGAUGAGGCGGAGAACAUGAAGAAGAGCCUCCAGGACAGGUGUAAGGAUCUGGAGCAGGAUCUGACCACCGUGAAGACUCAGCUGGGGGAGAGGCAGCAGAUUCAGGCUGAGAACGACAAGCUGAAGGUGCAGCUGGAGAGCAUGCAGGCUGCCAUCAAACUGGAACAGAGGAAAGCUCAGGAGGAGAGGAAUAAUCUGGCGCAGCUGAAGGAUGCUUACACCAAACUGUUUGAGGAUUAUAAUGAACUCAAGGAGGAGAAUAAGAAAAAGGAGGGCUUUGUAUCUUCGGAGGAUUUUGGAGAGCUUCAGGACAGACUGGCGGCAGCUGAGCAGGCUCUGGCAGACAAACAGCAGAAGAUUGAUGAGAUGAAGCAGGAGAUCUUCCAGAAGGAGAAGGACCUGGAGACCAUCUCUGUCUUUCAAGCCCAGGCGGAGGUGUACUCCUCAGACUUCUACGCAGAGCGAGCAGCCCGGGAGAAGAUUCAUGAGGAGAAAGAGCGCCUGGCUACUCAGCUGGAGUUUGUGAAGAAGCACAACAGCCAGUUGCAGGAGGAGUUGGAGUCUCUGGGCAGGCAGUCUAUGAGUGAGCUGCAGAGGAGACAUGUGUCUCGUGGGGCUAAUCCAGGGGGCUCCUCACCACACCAAGUGCAGGGAGGCAGAGUUGACUGGCAGCAGCAGGUGAAUAUACCAGAGCACGCGUGUCCUAAGUGUGGGGAAGUCCUGCCAGAUCUGGACACGCUGCAGAUCCACAUCAUGGACUGCAUCAUCUGAGUCCGUUGCCCAGCAACCACAUCGGCCUGUCACUAAUCCUCCUUCUGAGCACUCGGAUGGACGGGCCAGUCAUAAGAUUUAGCAACGCACUUAUGGUAAAAACUCCCAGCGCUCAAAUCUAACGCAAUCUCCAUAGAGGCUCCUACACGAUUUAUUCUAAUACUGCUCGGCUGAUCUACUUCCUGUAAAUAGCAUUAAGGCAAAUGUUAUUACAUAGGUAAAAAUGACUGAGGGCUCAGAAAUGAUGAUAUUACGUUUUGUUUGAAAGAUAAGGAUGAACAAAGUUUGUCCAGAGAGGGAAAAAUGGAUAUUAUAUCUGAAGAGGAAGGGUGACUGUUUAAUCUCCUGAAGACAGACUUGAUUUUGAGCUAUACUCAUCUAUACUUAUCUAUAGAUCGCCGUUCAUGUUUUGGAGAAGGUAGUUUAUAUCUAACAGGAAAGAAAUCUGUUGGUAGCAUAUUUAAACCAACGGUUAUUAGCCAGUUAAUUUAUAUUGGAGUGAAUACAGGUGCUUUAGUAUGAAAGGUGGAUUAAGCUUUAAAAAUCCUUUUAUAAACAAUGCACUUUAACAAAUUAUGUUUUCAUACUAUUGUAAGCAGGGUAUUCUCCCUUAUUGCUAAGAGAACAGUGUUGCAGCUAAGUGGAGGUAUAGGGUGCAUCCUGCAUUAUACUGUGGCUGUAUACGUUCAGCUGUGAAGUGUAACUCUGUAAACACAAAUACAAUAAAAAAAACACAUAAAAA